AAUAAAUUAAUUAAAUAAUAAAUAAUGUUAGAUCUAAAAACUAGUUUUAUUGUAAUAGUUGUGCAAAUCUUAUGCUUUGAAUAUUGUUUGUCGCAAUUUAUAGUCAGACCGCCUAUAAGUCCCUUAGCAUCAAAUGAGACACCAAUUCCGGCCAACUAUUCAAUUAAAUAUUAUUCACAACUAAUCGAUCACUUUAAUUAUAUUAAUAACAAUCAAUUCAGGCAACGGUAUGUCAUAUCAACCGACCACUGGUGCGACGGGUGUCCCAUAUUUUUUUACGCCGGCAAUGAGGGCGAUAUAUUACUAUUGGCCAGAAUACAUGGCUUUCUAUGGGAAAGUGCCAAACAAUUCCGGGCAAUGGUUGUAUUUCUGGAGCACAGAUACUAUGGAGAGUCUGUGCCAUUUGGGAAGGUUGAUAAAAAUUUAACCAAAAUCGGUUAUCUAUCAGUUGAUCAGGCUUUGGCCGAUUUCGCAGACUUUAUUCAAGAUAUUAAAACCACAAUCCCGGGCGCACAAAAUAGUCCCGUGGUCGUAUUUGGUGGCAGUUAUGGCGGUAUGCUGUCCGCGGCGUUUAGACUCAAGUACCCGGGGCUCAGUGUGGGUGCGAUAGCGGCGAGUGCGCCAGUAUUAGGGGUGGAGGGUCUGGCCAAAAGUUGCGACGCCUACUCAAAGCUGGAGACCAAAGAUUUCACAGAAUAUUCUCCAAACUGUUCGCAAACUGUUAGAAAUUCAUGGGAAGCCCUCUUCCGUAUAGCCGGCACAGCCGACGGACGAAAGUGGUUGACCAACGAAUUUAAACUAUGCAAAGAGUUGGCCGCCGGCGAGGAGAUCCGGAUAUUUCAGUGGCUGAUGGUGGCCUGGUCUCACGUGGCCAUGGUUGAUUACUCAAACGAGGCCAAUUUAUUCUCCGAAUUACCCGCGUAUCCAUUGCGCGAAAUGUGCAAACAUAUGACAAAUCCGGGCGCCGAUGACCGGGGGCUGCUUAGCCAGGUGUAUGAGGCGGCCAACGUGUUUUAUAACUAUAAGGGUCUAUCAAAAUGCAACGAUUUAAACCCAAAUGGACCCGUCGACCCCACUGCCUGGGGCUUUCAGUCUUGCACCGAUAUAGUGAUGCCUUUCUGCACCAAUGGCAAGACUGAUAUGAUUGAACCGUUCGGCUAUGACUUUAAGGCAUACUCCGACCAAUGCUUUAGUCAGUAUGGCGUCCGUCCGGACCCGAGAAAAGCUAUGAUGUUAUGGGAAAAGCAGUCCCUCCGGAGGGCAACAAAUUUGAUAUUUAGUAACGGUUUGCGAGACCCUCACAGUAGUAACGGAGUAUUGGACUCAUUGUCCGAUUCGGUGAUAGCGUUGAAGAUCAGUCACGGCUGUCAUCACGAAGACCUCCGGCCCGCAGGCGUUAACGACACACAAGAGCUCAUUAAUGUCCGCAAUCAAGAGAAACAAUAUAUGAAACAAUGGAUUGAAGAGCACUACACAACAUUGAAUUACUUUCCUAAUGAAUGGCUUAACUAA